AUGCCUACCGAGAAAUGGCAAACAGCAUUUGGUGCCUCAGUCCCCAAGGACACGGACUCCUUUACCAUCACCGCGCCGCCCAAGACCGACAUCUGGCGGCCAGCGGACGAUGACGAUGUCUUCAAUGCACCCAUGAUCUACCAGAGGAUAAAAGCCUCUGACUUUAAGAAAAUUGAGGCGACAAUGUGGGCACCCUGGAAAACGCAAUAUGACCAAGGAGGCCUCGUAAUCGCAUUUCUCAACUCAUCAACUCCAAAGACCCCAGCAGAUCCCAACGAAGAAGUCGCAGCAUUCAAGAAUUUAAAAUGGAUCAAAGCCGGAAUCGAAUUCUUCGGCACGGAAUCCUGUCUUGGAAUCGUAGGAACUGAUCGAUACUCGGAUUGGAGUCUCUCGCCCAUGAACAAGGAAUAUCAUCAAAAAGCCAAAUUUCGCGCUGAGCGUGAUGGGACGACGCUUUGGAUUUAUGCUGCUCAGGAAGGCGAUGAGAAAUUGAAACCGAUGCGGGAGGUCAAGUGGGCGUUUCUGGAGGGGAGAGGGGAGGGGGAUAUUUUGGUGGGUGUGUAUGCGGCGAAACCGACGCCUGAGGAGGGGAAUGAGAAGGAUGGGGCUACGCAGAAGGGGAUUGAGGUUACCUUCUCGGAGCUGGUUCUUGUGAAGGAUGAGUGA